GGGCCCGCAUCGUCGAAACGGCGCGGCGGCGACGGCGGCGGCGGCGGCGGCGGCGGCGGCGGCGGCCGGCGAUCGCGCGGGCCAGCUGUGGCACGGCUCUCUCUCCUGAAUCCGGGGCCCGUUCCCCGCGGACAGGCCCAUUUUGACUCGGAUACCUGCCACCAGGUGGCUCCACCAGCAGUACCCAGCAGCGGCAGGUAGGAGCAGUCUUCGGGGCGCCUUCGCACCGCCAGCAUCGUGUGUGUGUAUCCUCUUUCGCGUUUUCGCGUUCGCGCUCCGUUCCUGCAGGAACCAUCGUUUCGGGGACUGACAAUCGAUCAGCAGGAAUAUGUGAACGCGCGAUCGAGUUGGGUAACGUUGUGCGAAGGUGAAUCACAAAACGGGAGUCUAGCGGGGAGAUACCCGAGGAACGCGCCGGCAAGCAUCCACGUUGCAAUACCCAUCAGGAUCAAUCAGGACAAAUUAGGAAUUUCCGAUCGCCUUGCCAAUGAUACCGGCGAAACACGGGAGGUGCGCGUUCCAGAGGCUAAUCCGGGACGAUUCGAACGACGGUGGAGGAUGCAGCAACAGCAACAGCAGCAACAGCAGCAGGAGGAGGAACAGCAUCAACAGGAAUCGGAGCAGGAACAACGGACCCUCGUAAUGGUACCAUCCGCUUCGUCCUCGUCGGUCGCGGCAGACUCGCGCGAGGCCGACGUCACUGGUUCCACGACGAGUUCCGAAUUGCCCAAUCUGGCGUUCCAGAGUGUCGCCCUGCAGUUUCAGGGUGCCCUCCUCUCUGCGCUGCAGCGAGUGGCGCUCCUGCCUGGCGGACACGCCGCCGCUGCAGCCGCUUUAAAUCUGCAGGCGCUGAAGACGUACCUGACUCUUCAUCAUCUUCAUGCGAGCGGCACGACUUCCGGCGUCGCGACCGGACAGACCCCGGGCGCCACCGCGACCAUCAUCGGUAAUCAGAGGUGCCCGUCGUUGAACGCGAACGCCGACGUGGCUGCGUCGAGCCCGACGAAGAAUGACCACUUGACGGCCGAUCAGCUGCUUCGAUCGGCCGCUUCGGCGAUCAGCGAGGACGACGAGGCGCCGCUGGACUUCGUGACCGACACCGAGGAGGACCUGGCGCUUCUCGCGGAGGAAGAGGAAGUCCUGCUGAGCGAGACGUCCGGGACGAGCUCAUCCUCCGCGAACCACGAGCUCCUCCUGCGACGAAUAUCCGAAGGAAAUCGCGCGAGCAGCUCGUCGCUGACGACGGUCUCGCGAACGUCGACCUUGGCCGCUCCGGCAUCUUUCGCGUCAUCCACUUCCUCAAUUUGCUCCUCGGCCUCGUCCACCUCGUCGUCCUCCUCCUCGUCCGCGCAACACGCCACGAUCGUGGUGGACUCGAGUGUACCAAGGACUUGCCGUACGUCCAGACCCAAGAAACAGUUCAUUUGUAAGUUCUGCAGCCGACAGUUCACGAAGAGCUACAACCUGUUGAUCCACGAGAGGACGCAUACCGACGAACGACCGUACUCGUGCGACAUAUGUGGCAAGGCCUUCCGACGGCAGGAUCAUUUGAGAGACCACAGGUAUAUACACAGCAAGGAGAAACCGUUUAAAUGCGCCGAGUGCGGUAAAGGAUUUUGCCAGAGCAGGACACUGGCCGUCCACAAGAUUUUGCAUAUGGAAGAGUCGCCGCACAAAUGUCCCGUCUGUGCGAGGAGUUUUAAUCAGAGGAGCAACCUGAAGACUCACCUUCUCACGCACACGGAUAUUAAGCCUUAUCAUUGCGCCUCCUGCGGCAAAGUCUUCCGCAGGAAUUGUGAUCUGAGGAGGCACUCGUUGACGCAUAAUUUGGGAGUGCCGUCGUCGCCGCCGCCAUCGGGAAUACCCGUUUCCGGUACAAGCGCCAUUGUUCUUCAGGAGACAUCCUAAUGCAUGGAUAUCGGUUCUUUUCUCUUCGAUCACAAAAUCGGGACAAAAUCUUGCCUGUAUCGGACGUACCUUCCCCCAGCAACGCGGAUCGACGUUCAUUUAUUAUAACGCCACAGUGAUCUUGACUCCGACGUGCGAUCGAUUCCGACGGUCGAUUCGAUCGUUUCACAUUCGAGCCAUGGUCCACCGGCAUGGCCAGGAUUUCGAUCUCCUGCGCGUAUUCGAGCAUCUCCGACUCACAUCGUAUCUAUUAUCUGCCUGCACUAUCUAUCAUCGUUAACGUUUAGAGCGUAAUCAUUGUUAUGUACAUCACGAUAAGGAUAUACGGAUUCGUGCAUGUUUAGAUCUGUAAUUCUAUGUAUGCGAUGCGCAGUGGGUACCUUCUCUUUCUGUCUUGAAUAACGUAUAGUCGUCUCCAUUUUCAAAAUGCGAUGUACCUACUGUACGUGUCCGUUGUGUUCUAUCGUUCACGUGUGUAAAAUAAACAUUUAUUAUUAUUUUUUAACCCACA